AAAGAAGGGCGGGACGAGGGUGGCGCCUGCGCAGGGCGGGUGCGGCCCCGUGGCAGUGACCAGCGUUGGGGUCACUUCCGGCCGCCGCCUUUCUGUUUCCGGGUCGGGAGCUCUCCCGUCCGUCGUCGCUUACGAGCAGCCGGCUGCGCCGUUCCUGCAGGACGCCUCUCAGAACCCCACUCCACCCGCAGUGCCUGCCAUGAGGCUGUACAGCCUGAGCGUACUGUACAAGGGUGAGGCCCGCGUGCAGCUGCUGAAGGCUGCCUCCGAUGUCUCCACCUUCAACUUCUUUCAGCGGUCCAGCGUGCAGGAAUUCAUGACCUUCACCAGCCAGCUGAUUGUGGAGCGCUCAGAGCUGGGCAGCAGGGCCUCGGUCAAGGAGCAAGACUACCUGUGCCACGUGUAUGUGCGCAGUGAUGGGCUGGCUGGCGUGGUGAUUGCUGACAACGAGUACCCGUCACGGGUGUGCUUCACUUUGCUGGACAAGGUCCUGGAGGAGUUCUCCAGGCAGGUGAGCAGGGUGGACUGGCCCUCGGGGUCUCCUGCCACCAUCAGCUACGCAGCUCUGGAUGGAUACCUCAGCAAAUACCAGAACCCUCGCGACGCCGACCCGAUGACCAGAGUGCAGGCGGAGCUGGACGAGACCAAAAUCAUCCUGCACAACACUAUGGAGUCACUGCUGGAGCGAGGGGAGAAACUGGAUGAUCUGGUGUCCAAGUCGGAGGUGCUUGGGGUGCAGUCCAAAGCCUUCUACAAAACCGCCCGAAAGCAGAACUCAUGCUGUGAGAUCAUGUGACCCGGAGCCGGGGGUCUCCUGCUCCGGCCCACCAGGGCCUUCGCUCCCAUUCGGAUCUUGACCGCUCCCAGGACUGAAAGCAGAACCCCGCGGGCUCCUGGGCCGUGCCACAGCCUUACCCAAAAACUGGUCUUAGCAGCCCCUGUGCCGGGGGAGCACCGGGAGCACACCGUGCCCUGCCAUGACGCUUGUCACACCAGCCAGUGCCUCGGCCAUGGGAAUGGGGAGAAAGGAGCCGGGCUGCCCCGCAGGGCCCGGGGCUGUGCGGGGAGCAGGGGGGCUUUUAUGGGGCUGCUGCAGGGGGUGGGUGGGGAGGGAAGGGAGAUGGAUUGCUCUGGUCCGGGGGAGGCUCAGUGCUGUGUUCUGUCCCCUUCCUCCAGCAGAACCAGGGGCCGGGGGGAGAGGGUGGCACCGAGGGGACAUGGCACUGCACCAGGCCCCGUCCCCUGUGGCAGUGGCGCUGGUGGGGGCUGUCACCUUUGGGAUGGGUCUGAGCUCCUGCCCUGGGGACAGGUUUGGGGCGGUGGGGAACUGGCAGGGAUGGGUGUGGGGCUCCCCGCUCCCUGCCCCAUGGCGGCCCAAGGGGACUCAGCCUCCAGCUCCAAUCCGUGGAAAGGGCAAAGCUUUCGCUCGGGACUGUAGCGUGAUCGGUGUUGCCUGUUGUUUCCGUGCCGCCGCCCGCGGCCGAUAAAGUUGUCUUUGGUGGUUGUA